AUGUUUGGGAAACCAAAGGCCGCCUCUGGCAAGAGUCAGAGCAUCAGCCCGGAACUCGCAGCUGUCCUCCCCAACAACGACACCCCGUGGUACAAACAGAAACACCUCAUCUGGCUCAACUUCUACUGCAUCUUCCUGGCCUUCCUCUGUGCCGCAAACGGAUACGAUGGCUCGAUGAUGAACGGCCUCUUGGCUCUCCCACAAUGGCACAGCUUCAUGGACCAUCCCACUGGUUCUUGGCUGGGGUUUAUCAACGCGGCCCAUUCCCUCUCGACCAUGCUUGCCUAUCCCGCCGUCGCCUACUUCGCGAACCGCUGGGGUAGAAAGAAGGGUCUGUUUGUUGGUUACUUCUUCCUGACGCUGGGAUCCCUGCUCCAGGCAUUUUCCCCAAACCACAUUGGCUUCAUCCUGGGCAGAGUCUUCAUCGGUCAACCGAGUGCGUGGUGGGGUGGCCUUGCGCCCCUUCUCAUCACCGAGCUGGCCUACCCUACACAUAGGGGUAUUCUGACGGCGCUUUACAACACUGGGUGGUUUGUCGGAAGCAGCCUGGCUGCCUGGAUCACAUUCGGAACCCGCAACUACGGUACCUCGUGGGCCUGGCGCAUCCCGUCAUUGCUCCAGAUCGGCAUCCCGCUCGCCGUCCUUCCCGCCGCUCUUUUCGUCCCCGAGUCCCCGCGCUUCCUGGUCUCCAAGGGCCAGGUCGCCAAGGCGCGCAGCAUCUUGACCAAGUUCCACGGCGGCGGGGACGAGAACUCGACCCUCGUCGAGUUCGAGAUGACGGAGAUCGAGCGGGCCAUCGAAGAUGAUAAGUCGGCGGCGGCGAGCUCCUCCUGGAUGGAGAUGUUCAACACGCCCGGAAACAGGCGCAGAGCCUUCAUCUCGGUGACGCUAGGGCUGCUGGCGCAGUGGUGCGGCGUGAACGUCGUCAGCUACUACCUCGCCAUGGUGCUGGAGACGGUCGGCAUCACCUCGGUCACCGACCAGACUCUCAUCAGCGGUUGUCUCCAGAUCUGGAACCUCAUUUGGGCCGUCUCGGCCGCCGUCUCGGUCGACCGGCUCGGUCGGCGGCCGCUGUUCCUCAUCAGCUCCGGCGGCAUGCUGGCCAGCUUCAUCGUCAUCUCGGGCCUGUCUGGCAGCUUCGACACCACCAAGACAGCAUCCGUCGGAAUAGCCGUGGUCCCGUUUUUGUAUAUCUACAAUGCCUUCUACGACAUUGCUUUCACUCCACUGAUUGUCUCUUACCCUGCCGAAAUCUGGCCGUACCAGCUUCGUGCCCGAGGUACUGCCCUGACGCAGAUGGCCACGUACUUUGGCAUCUUCUUCAACGUGUUCGUGAACCCAAUUGCCCUGGAAGCGAUUGGGUGGAAGUACUAUCUCGUUUUCGUGGCGAUCCUGGUCGUUGGUUGCUUUAUUGUUUACUUCUUCUACCCUGAGACUCGGGGCCACACAUUGGAGGAAAUGGCCGUCAUCUUCGAUGGCGAGUCUGCAAGGGUAACGGAUUCUGCGUUUGAUGGGGACGUGAAGAGCGGUGCUAUUUCUCACCACGAAAGCGCAUGA